GUUGUGGAGGAUUGUUCCACAGUAACCAAGGAAGUCUCAGCUCUCCCAACCACCCCUCCAGCUAUCCCCACAACACCGAGUGCAGAUGGGACAUUAAUGUUCAGAGCGGCUACAUGGUCAACCUGCACUUUAACCCUCCAUUCGACCUGGAAGCUAGGGACUGUGCCAGAGACCAUGUUGAGGUUUUUGAUGCACUCUCCAAUGGCACUCUGAUCAGCUUGGGUCGUUGGUGUCAUAAUAUCGAACCUCCAGAUCUGAGGUCAACAUCUACCAGAAUGGUCGUUGUGUUUCUGUCUGAUGCAACAACAAAUGGAAAUGGAUUUUCUGCCAGAUGGGAU